CAUAGAAAAACAACAUUUCCUUAAAGGAAAUUUCAACUUGAUUUUGGGAGGAUCCAGAAGAGAUAGUGACUAUAUAUACUAUAGUGCUAUUUGCCGUACCAUGGAUUCUUCUUCUUCUUCGUCAUCGUCAUCAACUCGUCACUACAACUACGAUGUCUUCCCAAGCUUCUCCGGUCAAGAUGUCCGCAGAACUUUUCUCAGCCACUUUUUUGAAGCUUUGAAAAGCAAGGGAAUCAAAACGUUCAUAGAUAAUGGGAUCAUAAGAAGUGAGUCUAUUAACUUGGAGCUCAUAAGAGCUAUUAGGGAAUCAAGGAUUGCUGUCGUGAUCCUAUCUAAGAACUAUGCUUCUUCGAGCUGGUGUCUGAACGAGUUGCAGCUUAUCAUGGAGUGCAAAGUUUCUUUAGGACAAACUGUGAUGACAAUCUUUUACGAUGUGGAGCCAUCUGAUGUGAGAAAGCAGACUGGAGAUUUUGGAAAGGCCUUUAAAGAAACUUGUUAUGGGAAGACAGAGGAAGAGAAGAAGAAAUGGAGAGAAGCUUUAUCUCAAGUUGCAGUUAUUGCCGGAGAACAUUCUGUUUCAUGGGCUAGCGAGGCUGAGAUGAUCUCAAGAAUAGUCACGGAUAUUUCUAACGAGUUGCCAUCAACGGAUUUCAAUCAGCUAGUUGGAAUUGAAGCUCAUGUAGCAAAUUUGAUAUCGAUGAUAUGCUUAGAAUCCGACGAGGUGAAGAUUGUGGGGAUCUGGGGUCCUGAGGGCAUUGGCAAAACCACUAUAGCUAGAGCUUUAUACAAUCACAUUUCCAGCAACUUCCAACUUAAGUUUUAUAGUGAGAUAGUUCAGAAGGCUGACAUGACGGGAUUGCAAAACGAAUUGCUAUCUGGAAUAUUAGAUCAUAGAGACAUGAAGAUACCUAACGUGCAAGAGGCGCAAUAUAGGUUAAUGCACCAGAGGGUCCUUCUGGUUCUUGAUAAUGUCAGUACCGUAGAGUUACAUGCUUUGCGGAAUCUAUUUCAGGAUCUUAAAUUCGGAAGUAAGGUGAUUGUGGCGAAUGAAAAUAUAGGAACAUUUACGUACAACCGGAUCGAGCAGAUAUACAAAGUUGCUUAUCCAUCGAGCGAAGAGGCUCUACAGAUCUUCUCAUACUCUGCGUUUGGCCAAAGCUCUCCUCCCAGAGGAUACGUGAAGCAUGCUGCUGAAGUAUCUAAGCUUAUCGCACCUUUUCCACUUAGUCUCAAGGUCUUGGGUUCGGCUUUACGUGGGAAGAGCAAAGAGGAGUGGACAGUGGCACCGGAUAAACUCAAAACCUAUGUUGACGACAGGGAUGUUGAGAAAGCAAUUAGAUUCGCGGUCGAUGGCUUGUCCAAGAAACAGAAAAGUUUGUUUUAUUCAUUAAGUUCGUCUCAAUUCCGGGGUAAGAAGAACCUGAAAGACGCCAUAUACUUUCUAGCCGGGAUAGACGACUGGGACGUGGAGAAAGGAAUACAAACCCUAGCUGACAUGGCUCUCAUCUCUAUAUCUAGUGAAGGGGAAAUCACGAUGCACCAUUUGGUACGUUUAAUGUCUACAAGAUUACUUUGGUCCACUAACUAA